CCGGAACCUUUUAAACCAGGAUGUUGUUUUACCCGGUGUGCAUUUUUGCUGACGGAACUGAAUGUGACAGAUUGUAAACAGAAUCUGGAUGUCUGGCUCUGGGGAAGGACGCCCUCUCACUGAAUCAACGCCUUACUGACUGCAGUGAUUUAAUUGAGGAACUUGUUUGAGGCAACACCUGUUCUAGACAGCUCUGAGUUUGCUGACCUCACCCUACCCAGUGGUGAUACUGGUUGCUGGCACAGCGGUCGGUUCUCAUUAGGUGCUUGAUUAACAACGUUGGCAGAUUUGGCACAGAAAGUGACAGUACUGGAAGGGGCUCUUGCUCUUGUGUACCAUCUGUUUUGCAACAGUUCUUUUGGGUUCAGACAGCAGAUGUUCCGUCUGCGGUGCCUUGAGGCAUCUCGAUCCAGCCCCAUCUACCCUCGCUCAUGUAAGGAAUCGGUCCCUUUGCCCCACCCCUCCACUUCUGUGACGCCAAAACUGUUGAGGUGAUGGAGGGUCUGGAGGUCGAGGACAUUAGCCCUGCCCUCGAGGCCACUGAGGAUUACCUGCACUGCCUCGCUGACAAUCAAGGGGAUGGCCAGGUACGUCCGCCCAAGCUUAAAGAGGCUUCCACCAUGGACAAGUUAAAUUCCAGUGGCGUGUGGGGGCUACUGACAGGGAAGCAGUCGGAGAUAUCACCAGGCAAUAUGGCCUGGGCAGAGCAGACGUCCUUUAACGUGCUGGGCCUACGACAUGGAAAAAGGAACCGGGCACGAUCUACCAAUGAUUUGGCGGCGCAUGCCAAAGAGGCGAACUCAACCACCAAUACAUCUAAUGGCGGCUUCAAACGUGGCCACAACCGUUCCCGUUCAGACGUCAACAACCGCACUUACACCGAUAAUGGCAUGCCGGCCAUUGACAAAAAUACCCUCAAGAACAUGGCACUGAAUGACUACAGAGAUGCUCAUAAGGAGAGCAGCCCAAGCCUAGUGAAGCAGGGAACGCUAGAGCAGAGAGAGGGACCGUGGGGACGCUGGACCACCUGUCAUGUGGAGCUUACGCCCUGUGAGCUGCGUCUCUACAGCCUGGAUAGCAGCGGCAACCAGCAGCUAUGUGCCGCGCUCUCACUGUCCCACUGCCAAGGGGUGAGUGCUCCCCAGACGCAGGAUGGACGUGUGCUGCAGGCGGUCUUCUUUAACAGCACCCGCGUGCAGUUACGCGCACCGUGCCAGUGGGAGGCACUGGAGUGGCGUAGACUCCUCUGGGAACGCGUCUUGGCCGCCCGUGCAGCCCAUCGCAAAGGGGAGCCGGCACCUACCCUCCACGAACCCGAUCCAGACACGACGACUGUGCCAGCCCCUCGUCCGCUGGUACGUCCCACGGCCCUGCCACUGUUCACCCAGCACUCUGCCGAUGUUCUUAAAGCUGGCCUUCUGCACCAACUCUCUGACCUCAACAACUGGAGGGCCUUUACGUUUGUACUGAGCCGCACCGAGCUGCAAGCCUUCCCGACCGAGGGAAGAGGCCCGGUGUCGGAGCCAGUGCUGCGGUACCGGCUGGCUUGCUGUCUGGCUGUGCAGCGGGAUGAUGAAGACGGAGGCUCUAGCUCCCGCUUCCAGGUGGUCUUCCCUGAUGAUGUGCUGCGCUUGCGGGCAGAGAGUGAGUCCAAAACUCAAGACUGGGUGGAGGCCCUAAGAACAGCGGUGACGGCUCAGCGGCCACAGUGUGAGAAUAGUCAAGUCCCCAGUGGAGUGCUGAUGAGGAGUAAGCCAGCCAGGGAACGACGGCACAGGGAAGGCCAGAGAGCUAAACGUCAGUCCGUCACCACUAGCUUUCUCAGUAUCCUUACCUGUCUGGCUGUAGAAAAGGGUCUCACCACUCAGAGCUUCCGAUGUGCAGGGUGUCAGAGGCCAGUGGGUCUGUCACGGGGCAAAGCUAAAGUUUGCUCUUACAGUGGCUGGUACUACUGCCCAAGUUGCCACCAGGACAACCUCUUCCUCAUACCUGCUCGUCUACUGCACAAUUGGGACACUAAUAAACACAAGGUCUCGAAACAAGCGAAGGAGUUUCUGGAGUUUGUUUAUGAGGAGCCAUUGUUAGACGUCCAGCAGUUGAACCCGUGUCUGUAUGAGCAUUGCGAGGCGCUGGCGGCCAUUCUCAAACUGAGACAGCAGCUCCAGUCUCUCAGGGCCUACCUCUUCAGCUGCCGGGCCACAGUGGCAGAAGACCUCCGCCGCAGGAUCUUUCCAAGAGAAUACCUGUUACAGCAUGUGCACCUCUACUCAUUGGCAGACCUGCAGCAGGUCAUAGAUGGAAAGCUUGCUCCCUUCCUCUCUAAGGUGAUCAAGUUUGCCAGCUCUCACGUCUACAGCUGUAGUCUGUGCCGGGAGAAGGGCUUCAUUUGUGAGCUUUGCCAAAAUGGUCAGGUCAUCUAUCCCUUCCAGGAGAAUUCCACCAGAAGAUGCGAUGGCUGCGGAGCCGUCUUCCACGCCGAGUGUCGGAUGCGAGCUCAGCCGUGCCCGCGAUGUGUACGCAGAGAACUGCACAAGAAGCCGGCGUCAUUCUGGAGGAGGCACGGCCCUCACGACAGCCCCGAUGAUCAAGUGCUAGACUGCUUUGAGCUGGACACCUGAACACACUGCACUAAUGAAGUCCGAGUGCUGCUGUAUCCAAGAAGCACAAGAUACUGUCGUCCUUCGGUGGAAGUGCUCCCUGAAAACCGAGAAACAGAGGAAUUUUUUUUGUUUUUUACAUUCUCCCUCACCUGAGAGAGAUGGGCACAGAGACAAUAAUUCAGCUCCUGAAGAGCAGAGGCUUCAUAAUGAUACCAAUUUACCCUUCCCUUUCAUCUACCAAAUGACAGUCAGGGCCAACCGACAAAUACAGGCAUAGUACAUUCACACACUUGCACAUAAACACUCUCACUGACUGAUGUAAAAUAUUGCACUUUUUGGGCAGACUCACAAUCCAAGAGUGAUGAUUCAAACCAAUUUCUGGACACAAAUAGAGCUUCUAAUCCAUUAAUUGUUUGGUGAAAAUGAGCGCUGCAAGAUGGCUGUCUGGCCACUCCAUUCGGUUUCCCUCCACGCUGUAGUUAACCUACGAUGCCGAAGAACCUUGAUAUUGAACAUGAAGAUGAACAUCAUUAGGCAAAAAUAUCUUUUUUUAUGUUUUUAACAUGAUUUCAUUAUUGCAUUUACAAUUUGUCCAAUGUUUUUUUUUAUAUAUACAUAAGUUCAUUGCACUUUUAGUCACAGUUUUCAUUUUAAAUCCGUUAUGCUUUGAGCUUUGUAGACCGAAGGUUUGAGUUGUGUAACAUGAACUAGGACUGCUGUCUUGUCCCGUCCAGCUGAAGUUUACUGUUUAUCAACACUCAAUGGCACUGCCUAUAAGCAGCCGAACCACGUUGUUCUUGCUAACCGCCUGGUCUAAGAUUACAAGCUACCCUCAGCCACCAAACCCCAAAAUUACAGUCUAGAGUUCCAGGGCUUUGUUUAGCAUUCAUACGUCUAUUUAACAAGAAACGUAAAGCAAACCCGCCGUGGACGAGCUCAUAAUUCAUGUCUAACUGACCUCUGCUUUUGAUCCACGCUGCCUCUCUGCGCACAUACUGUGUUUUCUUGCUACUUGAACUUAGAAUUGGCAAUAAAGUCACUUGUUUUGCUUUUGCUGCCUUAUUUGACUUGCUGUUCUUCGACCAGACCUGUUGUUCUCUAGUUCGACAAUACGUGGACGAUACAAAAAAUGACCUAGCGAGCCGACCGACAUUUUAGUGUUCCCUUGAAUCCCGAGAAUAACAAUUAAAUCUAAUUUUCUCAUUUACCGUUUUCUUUUCUUCUGUAGGAGAAAAGAGCAGUGUCUCUCUUCCUGGACACCUCGCCAGCAAACAAAGUGUUCGAUAUAAAUCACAUUCAGCUUUACUAAUUCAAAAAUCGCCUACAAGUUACUGGUUAUACUGGAUGUGAAAUAUUCAAACUGAUUCUGAAACUUUGACAAACCAUCUUUAGUUUGUUACUGGCCAACGAAUAACAUUAAUUGAACUCUUUCAGAUGGGUCCAAGUCAAUUUACAUAUCAUUUGCUACCAUGUUACAUUUUGUUUGUGAGAACGUGUUUAUUUUAUUUUUUGAGCUUAUUUUGCACCGAGAAGUUUACUUCUAAAUGAGAUUCAGUCUUGGUUUACAUGUGGUUUGUGUGUGAUAGAAUGAUGUAAAAAUGGUGGAUGGAUGAUCGCUUUGGAACAUUUGGUUGUAUUUAUUGAAUCUGUGUUUGUUUGCCUGCCCUAAAUUGGAAGCCAACGCAUUGGCCUGUUGAUGUUCUUCGAUUAGCAAGCUAUAAGCAAAUAAUGUUUCAGUAUUUAAUCUAAUCAGAAUAUCAGGCUAUAGAAUAUAUUGUAAUAUAAUCACUUAAUCAUGUUGGUAUUUGAAGGCAAAGGCCUUUACUUAUCUUGUUAAAAAAAGGAAUUUUCCCAAAAUCAGAGAUGUUGUCAUUACACCAUUUUAAACUUGAACUGAGCUUUUACAUGUUACUGUAAGAACAUGUUCGCUUUGAAAGUUUUAUGUAUCAUGUUACAUUGCAUUAUUCAUACUGUUCUUUAAAAUCAGGGAUUCUAAACACAAUGAAUAAAGGGACAAACAAAAAGGGAACUCAGUGGAUGUACUUGGUGAAUAUCUUUUGUUCUUUCAGUACACCAAAUUGGUCUUUUAUUUUCAUGUUUGUUGAAGGUGUAAUGGAUUUUUUUUUUCCUGCUGUCAUCUUGUUCUCAGUUGUAUAUUUACAUGUCAGUUUUGUUUCAGACUUAUUUAUUGUAUUUAUAUACUUUACUGCAAUUUCUGUAUCAGUUUCUGGGAUUUUCCCUGUGCUUUCUUGUACUCUGUAAACUCUCCAUUACAGACAACCUCUUGCAACGACAAAUAUUUGUGUUUCAAAACUGGUGUGGGCUCCUUCCAGUUUUCCUCUUCUUUUCUUUGCCUUUUUUUUUACCACUGUUGCCAAUAAAGAAAAUUAGUUAACAACA